AAUUACGUAAUUACCUUUGUCGUUCGAAGGAAAAUACGUGACAAAUGUCAACGUAUUUAAAUUAAAGGAAAAACAGCUGCGGGAUCAUGUUUAUCACUUAUUAAAUCGUUUUUCUAGUAGUAAUUUAACAAUUUCAAUUGUACUCUAAAUGUUUCCCAUUGCACAAAAAGUAGAGUACGUAUUGCAGCUGUUUGGAGCUCAUUGUAAUAGCAACAAUAAGAACAUAACCUAAAAAUAUGUUCUCAACAAAGGAUUUAAGUAAAGUAGAUUAUAUUAGUUUAAAUAUUCACGACACCUCUUCCUUUGCUCGAGGAACUUCUCGUAGUCUCUGGAGGAAAUGGAAUCAACUGUCUCGAUUUCAAAGAAAUGUGUUUUACUUUGCCAUUAUUACUGUCGCUCUUUUAAUCUUCUAUUUACUUCCCGGAGGUGCAAGAAAUAUUCUAAUUGAAACUGAAAAUAGUUUUGAUACCGGGAAAAUUAGUCUCGAAACUCCAAAACCAAACAAGUUGGGAGAUGUGUUGGUCGUUGAUAAUGUUGAUCCGGCAAAAAUAUUAGACACUGGGGAUGUGAUAGAGGAGCCCCAGUUUCAACAGGAACUUAAUCAAGUUGAUGACGAUCAGAUUGGCGAACCACCACAACCGAAGACAAUUGGACUUAAAUUUACCGGUCCUCAAAAUGAUAGGCAGAAAGCUGUGGUGGAAGCCUUUAGGCAUUCCUGGGCUGGAUACAAAAAGUAUGCUUGGGGCCACGAUAACGUUAAACCGAUAUCAAAAGGAUAUCACGAAUGGUUUAAUUUGGGUCUUACAAUUGUAGAUUCUUUAGAUACUAUGUACAUAAUGGGUUUAAAUGAAGAAUUUAAAGACGCCCGUGAUUGGGUAGAACAUUCUCUAGUGUUCACAUUGAACAGAGAUGUAAAUUUAUUUGAAGUUACUAUAAGAGUACUUGGGGGUUUAUUGGCCGCUUAUCAUUUGUCUAGUGAUAAGCUUUUCCUUGACAAGGCAAUUGAUCUUGGCGAUCGAUUGUUGCCCGCAUUUUCCACACGAUCUGAUGUUCCCUAUUCGGAUGUAAAUUUAGGCAUGAGAAGUGCUCAUAGUCCUAAAUGGGGUCCGGAUAGCAGUACAAGCGAAGUGACUUCCAUUCAAUUAGAAUUUCGUGAUUUGAGCCGCAGUUCCGGCCAACCGCGAUUUGAGGCUGCCGCCGCCAAAGUUUCCGAACACAUUCAUCGAUUAGAAAAAUAUGACGGUUUAGUUCCAAUUUUUAUAAAUGCGAAUACAGGAAUGUUUCGAGAAUACGCAACGAUAACGUUCGGAGCACGAGGCGACAGUUAUUAUGAAUAUUUACUGAAACAAUGGAUCCAAACAGGAAAAACUAUUGAUUAUUUAAGAGACGAUUAUUUAUUGGGCAUUGCUGGAAUGCAGAAGCAUUUAGUCAAAACAACAGCUAAUAAUAAGUUGCACUUUUUAGCCGAACUUGUCGGAGCUGCAAGAGAAAUGAAACCAAAAAUGGAUCAUCUUGUUUGCUAUUUAAUCGGAACUCUUGCUCUUGGCUAUCAUAAUGGUCUGCCUUAUACGCAUAUGGAUCUCGCACAUAAAUUAGUUAAAACUUGUUACGAAACUUAUGCCAUUCAACCAACUUUCCUCGCUCCUGAAAUCACAUAUUUCAACGUUUUGAACUCACUGGAUAAUAAUCCAAUGUACGUGAAGUCAAAUGACGCGCAUAAUUUAUUACGUCCAGAAUUUAUAGAAAGUUUAUAUUACAUGUGGUAUUUCACGGGCAACAAAACUUAUCAAGAAUGGGGUUGGAAAAUAUUUCAAGCAUUUGAGAAUUAUACCAAAGUUGAAAAUGGAUACACAAGUAUUGGAAAUGUUCGAAAUAUUCAGAAUACUCGUCCUAAGGACAUGACUGAGAGUUUCUGGUUUGCUGAAACCUUAAAGUAUCUUUAUCUUCUCUUCGACGAUAGUAGACAAUUAAUAAAUCUCGACAAAUGGAUCUUCAAUUCCGAGGGACAUCCAUUGCCAAUAUAUGAGACAUAAAUUGCAAUGAAUUUUAUAUGGUUAAACACCAUAUAAUGACAUUUAAAUUUCUUGCAAUGAAUUUAUGGUUCACACACCAUAAUUAAUGGCCAGUUUAGAAUUUCAGUUGAAGAACGAAGACAAUUUUUGGCUCGACGCCAAAUCACUUCUCAUUUUCAAUGUUUCUCAUCACAAUUAUUAUUCAAAUCACCCACUACUAGGAGUGGACAUUUUUUUCAACUAUCUGACACAGUAAGUACUACGACAUUUUUUUUUCUUUCUAGAGUCUUCCAUUUUUAAAUUUUAGUUUCUUUUUACGAUUUACGAUUAUUAUUUUUAUUUUAGAAUGAUUCGAAAAUCGUUACUUAAUUUUCUU